ACUUCAGCGUCCCUCUGCAGCCCAGCCUUCUAUUCUGAGACCUGCCUACAUGGUGACUACACGCAGGGUUGUACUUUCUGCACAGAGGAUCCCAUUGCUGGAGAAAAAAUAUAUAUACUUGACUGCAGCUGUAACUUUUAGGUUAAUAGCAAAGCGAAGAACGUCAAAGUCCACCCUUCAAUCAGUGCGAGUUGGGCACAAAGCCACCUUUCUCGCCCUUGAUACCCUGACGAUGGCUGCUGUGGGCUUGCGGCUGGGGAAACAAAUCCGUUGCCUGAGUGGAAGAGCGAAUUCCAAAACUUCAGGGGAGCCGAAGCUGAAAUAUGACGCUGUGAUCGUCGGAGGAGGACACAAUGGCCUGGUAGCGGCGGCGUAUCUGCAGAAAUCUGGGGUAAACUGUGUAGUACUCGAGAGGCGCCACGUGAUUGGCGGAGCAGCAGUUACUGAAGAGAUUAUUCCAGAGAAUGAGAAUAAGCACCAGGAAAUGGAUUAUUGGUUGUCCCUUCUUUUUAAAAGACUUGUGGGUCCAAAAGUAUUAGCAGUGCAUGUGGCUGGUAUACAGAGAAAACCUCGCCCGGGAAAAGUCAUACGUGACAAACUGCGCAUCUACGCUCACUGCACCAGCCAUCAUAACCAUAAUUAUGUGCGAGGAUCAAUCACCUUGUACAUCAUCAACCUACAUCGGUCAAGAAAAAAAAUCAAGCUGGCCGGAACAUUGAGGGAUAAGAUUGUCCAUCAGUAUCUUCUACAACCUUAUGGAACAGAGGGAAUCCAGUCAAAGUCAGUCCAGCUGAACGGACAGCGCCUUCUUAUGAUUGAUGACGGAACACUCCCAGAUCUAAAGCUCCGCCCACUGCGACCUGGCCGCACCCUUGUCAUCCCUCCACUAACCAUUGGCUUCUAUGUGGUAAAGAAUGUAAACGCCGUGGCUUGCAGAUAUCGAUAGUCAUAGCUUCUGCUAUAAGAAAUAGAACAGAGCUGCAACCAAAGACAUGUUGAUUCACUAAAAGACAAAAAGCGUGAAAUUGCAAGACUUCUUCCCUACCAAGCUCCAGGCCACCGAGUGACUGCAGGGCGGAUAAGUGCCGCCUGCCAGUUGUAACCCUUGAAUAUACUGCUGGUGGGGUGGAAACACGAGCUGUCGUUUCUUCAAGCUCAUAACCAGGUGGUGUCCCCCAUGGGAACCAAUGAAAAUGUUUUGUUUUUAUUUUGUAACCCAUAUUUGCAGAAUCGGAUGCUGGACUUCUUUUGGUUCCUACAGGACACAUCAUAUUUCUCACAAUUCAAGUGGAAAACCAAGCAGAAGGUUUAUAGUUGCUCCAAGAUGAAGCGUCUUCCAUAGUCCGAUCUAAAUCACUGAUCUUCUAAUGUACAGAAAAUUUUAUAGAAGACAACGUUCACUAUUGUAUAUGUUAGGUUUACUGCGGCAUCAUACUGUGUAGUUCUGUGCUGCAGCAUACAGUACAUCACCAGGGUUGGGUUGGAAGGGUCAAUCAAACGUAGAGGAAAGUGGGUCGGAAUAAGAUCAACAUGGAGCCCUCAAAUGGUCGUGGUUGAUGCCAAUAAGAGGGUUUGGUGCUUAUUCACCCUCCUUUCACUUUGACGUUGUGGCUCUUGUGGUGGCACUUUACAGGUUCCUUACAGGUUCCUACAACAAGGAUUGGCCUAAACCUGAGCUGUACCGCUUCCUCCUUAGCAGGCUGCGUUCUAGAUUCUAGAUAGCUGUAUUACCUUCCCCCCCGUGUCUCCAAGAUAAGCUUUCUAGUUUAGAGGACACAGGUCCAAUGGAGACCCAAAGGUUUACUUCAGUAGCUAUUUUGGAAGCUGCAAUAAUGGAGAACCCCUGCAAACAUCCACAUAUUGCAGUAGACCAUGUAAGCUUCUGUAUCAGGGACGGCAUUCUCCUUGGAGGACUUCCAGUAAGUUGGCCAUACAUGUCAGAUAGCUGGCAUCCAAGCUGUUCCUCCUUAUUUUACUAUACAGUGUACAAAUGCACGCUUGAUUGAAAUCCAGCAAGCCUGACCCAUCUUUCCCUUGACAUCUGCUGUCAGGAGAGAGUUGGGAGCCCCCCCAUACACGUUAGACGUUCAGUAGGCCCUGCCAAAAUGGUUUGGUUGACAUUAACCAUAUG